AUGGCUGGGCAUUGGGACGGUGGUGUCGGGAGCGGCAUCAGGGCAAAGGACGAGGACCCGGUGGUCAGAGCGCUAAUUCAAGGAGGCACCUCGAGCGUGUUUGGCAUAGAAGCGACAUCAGAGUCAUGGGAAGUACACCGAAAGAUACCUGCCAACUCCUUCGCCGGAGUCUCCCCGUCCGCUCGCGAUGUCUCAACCGUCGCGAUGAUUCUCACCGGCGCUGCUGGUACGGUAUUGGUAAACAUCCCGUGGGUUCGGUCGGCCUUGCUGUCGAUAGCGUUGGGUUCGACGGUGGGGGCGGCGGAGGUGCCCCUAUCUCCAUGA